UUGUGAAAGGGUCACAAUGGAAUAUGUCAACAGACAGAGGGGAGAGUGUCAUUGUAAUGACAGGGAUUAGAACACAGUUCAAACAGACAGAUAGUACAAAUCUAUGUGCUAUCAUUUCCAGUCACACAGAGCUGACAGGAAACAAAACAUGAUAUUUAUGUUACCAUCCUUGUAAAAGCCUCAUAUAUGAAACAUGAAGACAAACAACACAAUCCAAGCAGCCAUAGAUCUGACGGCUGGUGCUAUAGGUGGAACAGCUUGUGUCCUAACUGGACAGCCAUUUGACACUGCCAAGGUAAAAAUGCAGACAUUCCCCAACCUGUAUAGAGGGCUGAUAGACUGUGGAAUGAAGACUUACAAACAGGGGGGCUUCCGAGGAUUCUACAAAGGAACCAGCCCAGCACUUCUUGCCAAUAUAUCUGAGAACUCAGUUCUCUUCAUGAGCUAUGGCUUCUGUCAGCGAGUUGUGAGGAAAAUUGCUGGCUUAGAAAAGAAUGUGCCUCUAAGUAAUCUGCACAAUGCAACUGCAGGCUCAUUUGCAGCGGCAUUUGCCUCACUGGCCCUUUGUCCCACAGAGCUGGUCAAGUGUCGUCUUCAGGCCAUGCAUGAAAUGAAGCUGUCUGGCAAGAUCAUAGAGGGGCAAAACACAGUGUGGUCGGUGGUAAAGAAUAUAUUGCAUACAGAUGGGCCGUGGGGUCUUUAUCAUGGUUUGUCUAGCACUCUGCUCAGAGAGGUCCCGGGCUACUUCUUCUUCUUCGGGGGAUAUGAAUUGGGCCGCUCUUUUUUCACAACAAGUGGGAAAACGAAAGAUGACAUAGGAAUUCUUCCAUUGAUGAUUAGCGGAGGAUUCGGUGGGAUCUCAUUGUGGCUGGUUGUAUUCCCAGUGGACUGUGUCAAAUCACGGAUCCAGGUUCUCUCCAUGACAGGGAAACAAGCGGGAUUCAUGAAGACAUUUGCGAGCAUUUUUAGAAACGAAGGCAUCACUGCUCUCUACUCUGGACUGAAGCCUACCUUAAUCCGAGCUUUUCCAGCCAAUGGAGCUCUUUUUGUAGCAUAUGAAUACAGCAGGAAAAUGAUGAUGCAGCAAUUAGAAGCUUAACUUUCUUGGCAUCUCUUUGAGAUCAUUGACAUGACUGAAGAAGUGAAAGAUUCUGCAGGAGAUUCUCAGUGUUACAUUCUAAAUGCCAUGCACGGCGCUGCCAGUAUUAAGAAACUUUCUGAAGUUGACACGAAUGGUUUAUAC